GUGUCGGCAGCGAGGGUCUCCGGCAGCUGCCCACCACAGCCCUGACCAAGAGAGCAUCUCUCGGCCUGGCCGCACGCUCCCGACUGGCAUCGCCGCGCUGAGCAAACAGGAAACACUCGCCCUUUGUUAAUCCCGUCCCAGGCUGCGCGUUAAAUAUUUAUCCGCCAGCGGAGGCUGGUGCUGGGAGCUGGGAGGCAGGGCAGGCGCUGGUGGCCGCUCGUCCGGCAAGGGGACGGUGCAUGGGGCUGUGGAGCUCCGUCCCGUUUGCCGCGGGGCUCCCCAGGCCCCCGGCCUUCCCGAGGCCGGCGCUGCCCAGGGACCCCCGGUUGGCAGCACCCAGGAGGGCACGGGCACUCCCGGGGCACCGUCCCGGCACCCCACGGCCAUGGCGGGCCAGCUCCUGCCCCCCGACGCCGGCCAGGCUCUGGGCUUGGAGGACAUCUCCCCCUUCCACCCACCGCUGUGGCUGCCCCUGCAGCACACAGCAACGCGGGUGCCCGUCAUCCGCCACCGCGGCUCCAACACGCUGAAUUUCGACUUCCAUGACCUGGAGACCUGUGGCACGGCCGAGCGUGGCCAGGCGGCCCCCAGGAGCUCAGCGAGCGAGUGGUACCAGACCUGGCCGGCCAAGGAGGCGAAGGCACCCAGCACCCCGGCACCCGCCGGCUCCGUGGCCGGCCCCGGGGCUGCCCCCGCCUGUCCCCGGCCACCGGGCUGGUCGGCCACCUGGACCAAGGACAACAAGCGGCGGGAGAGGCGCUGGGUGAAGUACGACGGCAUCGGGCCGGUGGAUGAGACGGGGAUGCCCAUCGCCUCGCGCUCGAGCGUCGACCGGCCCCGUGACUGGUACCGCAGCAUGUUCCGACAGAUCCACCGCAAGCUGCCAGAGCCGGACUGGGAUGCCCAUCGCCGCCCCACGGGUAAGCUCGGCCCCUCGCCCACCACGGUGCCUUCAUCCCCCCAAGAGCCGCGGAGGAAAGGGCCGUCGCCGGCUGAGCCCCCCAGCAUGCCCAACGGGCUGGACUGGACCAGCUGGGGUGCCACCGGUGCCACCGCGGAGCCCGGCAGCAUUUUUGACUACGAACCGGGGAAAUCUUCGGUGCUGGAGCAGCCGCAGCAGCCCCCCGCCGCGGUGCCGCCGGCGCGGGCUCAGCCCAUUGAGGUGCUGCUGGAGCGGGAGCUGGAGCAGCUCAGCGAGGAGCUGGACAAGGACAUGAGGGCCAUGGAGAUGCGCCGGCAUCCCUGCCAGAGCUCGGCGGCUGCUCCCACCGCUCGCUCCCCUGCUCCGGCCUCCCCGGCGGCUCGGAGCCCCCCGUCACCCCGCCGGCUGCAGAGCCCCCCCGGUACCCACCGCCCGCCCGCCAGCCCCGGCAUGGAGCGGGGUGGCCUGGGGCUGGCCAGUGACCGGAGCCGUGCAGCCCCCGGCAGAGACACCCUCAGGCCAGGGACCCUCCCCAGCCUGUCCGACAUGGGGGACCCCGCGGAGGCCGUCAGGAGGGAGGAGAAGAAGAUGAAAGCCGCUCGCCUCAAGUUCGACUUCCAAGCCGAAUCACCCAAGGAGCUGACGCUGCAGAAGGGGGACAUCGUCUACAUCCAUAAGGAAGUGGACAGGAACUGGCUGGAGGGCGAGCACCACGGCCGUGUGGGCAUCUUCCCCUCCAACUACGUGGAGAUUCUGCCCCCCACAGAGGUGCCCAAGCCCAUCAAGGCACCCACCAUCCAGGUGCUGGAGUACGGCGAAGCCCUGGCGCUCUACAACUUCCGAGGGGAGCUGCCCGUCGAGCUCUCCUUCCGCAAGGGCGAGCGGGUCUGCCUGGUGCGGCGGGUGGAUGAGAACUGGUACGAGGGACGUAUCUCCGGCACCAGCCGUCAGGGCAUCUUCCCCGCCACCUACGUGCAGGUGUUGAAGGAGCCGCGGGUGAAAACCACCGCCGAGGACUUCCCACCCUCUCCCGCCUCCGCCAGCCCCCGGCUCCCGGCCGGCUCCCCGUCCCUGCAGCGCUCGCCCGGUCCCCGGGGCCCCCCGCUUUCCGCCAGCUCCCCCCGGGCGGCAGAGCGGGGUCCCGGCGAAGCCGGUGGGUGCCCGUCCUCACCCCGCCACCUUGGCUUCGCCUUCCCCCCCUCCCCAAAGCCGCCCCGUGCCGGCGCCCCGAGCCCCUCGCCGGCCCCCGCCGGCCCCCCGCACCCUGCGGCCGCCCAUCCCCAGGAGCCCUGGUGCCCGACCUGGCCCCCCGAGGAGCGCACGGCCCCGGGGGCACCCACCAGCACCCGCCCCGACCCUGCCCCGUCCUACAACGGCUCCGAAAUACAGUGGACCCCGUACCGGGCACUGUACCAGUACCGGCCCCAAAACGCCGACGAGCUGGAGCUGCUGGAGGGGGACCGGGUGGACGUCAUGCAGCAGUGCGACGACGGCUGGUUCGUGGGCGUGUCCAGGAGGACGCAGAAAUUCGGCACUUUCCCCGGCAAUUACGUGGCACCGGUGUGACCGGCGGUGCUGAGAAGAGGAGCCCGGUGGGAGGUGCGGGGCCGGGGGCUCCCCACUGUCCUGCCUCGGGCACCCUGCGUCCCCGCCGUGUCCCCUCCGUGUCCCCCCACGGGGACGAAGUGCCUCCAGCUCCCUCCCGCCCCUAUGGGGCUGCCUCUAACUGGGACCAAUCCCCCCUGCGUGGGGGGGGUCUCCCCCACCCCAGUGCCUUAACCCGACCCCUCCUCACCGCUGCCUGGUGCCUUAUCGCCCACCGGCCUGGUGGCCGUACCUCUCCCUCCCUCUCCAGCCAGUGCCGGGGGGGGACCUGGCCGGUGCCAGGCCUGACCAUGACGGCUGUGACCCGAGAUGCCGGUCUGGGGCCGUGCCACACGCCUGGGAGUCGCGUUUAGCUUCUUGUCCAUCAUUAAAGCUCAGCUCAGCCCGA